GUGUUUGAGAAUAAAUUGAUAAUAACACAAGUUGUAGGGUGUCAGUUCUAUCCAGUUGCUUUGGAAUUCUGAUCUUCAGCCCAUUCCUUCCCUUCUCUUGACGACGAUAUUAGUUAAUAUCAUUCCCUCACUCCGUCCACCAUUCACCAUACCUUCUUCUGUUUUUACCCAUUAUUAUUAUUACAAUCCUCUAUCUUCGCACAAUCUUUUUUCAAUCCUUAUCCACUUCUCUCUAUUUAUUCAUACCUUUGAGUUUGGCGGUGCCUCUUCACUCACACUCCAAAUCCCCAGCCCAUCAUUGUCACCAAGAAAUGGAAGCAAAGGGAGGCUAAGAGUUAUUAGGUUAUGGCCUUGUCAGGUACUGGGGAAAUGUGUGAUGGAAAAUUCAUUUCUUUGGGAAAAUUUGAAUUUAGCAUUGCCCUGGUUGGUGUGAAGAAGCCGCCAAAGUACAAUAGGAUAAGUGAAAGUGGUAUGGAAUUUGAAUCUGAUUGGAUGAAACACCGGAAAUCAUCGGCCUUUACAGCUCAAGUAUUAUGUUCUGCAACAUCUUUUAUGGCUUGGUCUUGUAGAAUACCCAUAAGUGAAGGAUUUCAUGAAUUUCUGUAAUCGUGUGCAAGCACUUUUGUUGGAUCAAUAAUUUUUCUCUGGGAGACAAUUGGUGAAUGAUGAUUGUGGUGCCAAUCUCUCCUAGUUUCUGACUUUAAGGAUGCCAGCUUUUUUUCCUGUGAAGGAGCGAGUUCAAGAAUCAAAUAUGUGUUUCUCCAAUUUAGUCCAGCAAGAUGCCCCCACCACCAAAAAUAAAUCGAUGUUAAUUGCUAAGGUCAGUGAUGAUUUCCAUAGUCCCAUCUUGCCUGGAUUGCCUGAUGAUGUCUCAAAACACUGCCUUGCUCUUGUUCCCCGAUCGCAUUUCCCUGCUAUGGGUGCUGUGUGCAAAAGAUGGAGGUCAUUUAUUAAAAGCAAAGACUUCAUCAUUGUCCGGAAACUAGCUGGGGUGCUUGAGGAGUGGCUUUAUGUCCUGACUGUGGAUGCUGAAGGAAACGGGAGCCACUGGGAUGUGUUAGAUUGUUUGGGACAUAAGCACCAUGAGCUCCCACCUAUGCCUGGUCCUGCUAAAGCAGGAUUUGGCGUGGUCGUUCUCCAUGGGAAGCUUCUGGUUAUUGCUGGUUACUUGGUGGUUGAUGGCACCGGCUCUGUCUCAACAGAUCUAUACCAAUAUGAUUCUUGCCUCAACAGCUGGAGCAAAUUGGCCAGCAUGAAUGUGGGGCGCUAUAACUUUGCUUGUGCCGAGGUCAAUGGCUUGAUCUACGCCGCAGGAGGAUGUGGGGCUGAUGGAGAAUCUCUCUCAUGUGCCGAGGUGUAUGACCCUGAAAGUGACAAGUGGACUGUGAUAGAGAGCCUGAAGCGACCAAGGUGGGGCUGUUUCGCAUGUGGCGUCGAGGGAAAGCUCUAUGUUAUGGGUGGGAGGUCAAGUUUCACAAUCGGAAACUCAAGGUCUGUUGAUGUGUAUAGCCCUGAAAGGCACACAUGGUGCCAGAUGAAGAACGGUUGUGUUAUGGUUACUGCUCAUGCUUUGCUUGGGAAGAAGCUCUGUUGCAUGGAGUGGAAAAAUGAGCGUAAGUUGGCAAUCUUCAAUCCUGAAGACAACUCUUGGAAGAUGGUCCCAGUUCCAGUGACGGGAAGCUCGAGCAUCGGCUUUCGGUUUGGAAUUCUUGAUGGAAAGCUUUUGCUCUUCUCAUUACAGGAGGAUCCUGCCUACCACACGCUGUUAUACGAUCCAAAUGCUGCCCCAGGUUCAGAAUGGCAGACUUCUGAGAUAAAGCCUUCGGGAUUGUGCCUGUGCACUGUUACUAUUAAGGCAUGAGUUGUUUGUUAGAUUCAAACACAAUUGCUUUGUACCUAGGCAUUCAACGAUCUUAUUCAAUUUAUGUUACAGAAACACUGAACAAUCAUAAAGAGUUUAAUCUAACCUGGUUAACUUCA